AUGAACGUUAAUAAUAAUAAUAAUAAUUCAACCCCUCUUCCUAAUGUAUCUACAUUUUCUAUCAAUACUUCCUCUCUUAAAGUAGCAACAAUAAAUCUCAAAUCACUAAAAUCCGACAAACAACAAUAUUUGUUAGACAUGUUGGAAAAUCAAAAUAUUCACAUUUGUGCAUUCUUUACCGCUCCUCCUAGCAACCAGGCUAAAGGUUCAGAUACUGGGAUUAUAGUUUCCGCUGAAUAUGCUAGAUUUAUUCAAAAUCACAAGGGUUUCAAAGGCCGUGUCAUGAAAGUGGAUUUUUUCCGUCAUGCGUGGCAAUAUAAAGUUAAGGAUGCUCAACAACAACAUUAUAAGCUUAUUAUAAUGGGCGAUUUUAAUAUCAACUACCACAAAUUUUUGAAAUCUCAACGGAAACCCAAUUACAAACCUUCCUAUAAACAAAAAUUGUUACAUUUUUUGACUUAUUCAGAUAAUUUGGUGGAUAUUAUUCUGCUCUAUCAUGAUGUUACCAACAAUAAUCCAUAUAAUACACAUAAAAAUAAUUCAGGUCAUCACACCAGGAUCGAUUAUAUCUGGAUCUCCCAAAAUUUAGUUAACGAUACUUAUACUAGUGAUCAGUUUAAUCCUCAAUAUUCCACAGAUCAUAUGGUCAUGUAUGUGGAGUUCUGGACCAAUAAUUAUUUUAAACUCCCUUCUCAUGCCAAACAGCGACAACGUAAUCGACAAAAAACUAUUUAUAUGUAUGAUGAUAUGUCCCAAGAUGACUGGUUAGAAUUUUUUCAACAUACUAAACGUUUAUGUGAAUUUCAACAUCUUUUUAAAGACGAAGUUGAUGAUAUCCACGAUUUUAACAGGCUAUGGGAUGAUACUCAGCGUUCUAUUAAAGAGGCCGCGAAAACUUACAUCAAAUCUAGACAAACCACUUCCAAAAAAGAUGGACAUCCCCUAAGAUCUUCAUUGCUAUAUCGUAAUAUUUGUUUUCUACAAAAAUUGGUAAUUAGACUUACCAAUAAAAAAUUCUUGCAUAAUGAAUUUCGCAUCAAACUUCAAGAUGAUUGGUUUUAUAUUAAAGCUAAACUUUUUGAAAUUGCUGGAACUUAUGAAUCUGAUAUCAAUUUGGCCGCAAAUCGCAAACAAAUUAAAACGCUUUGCCGCUCUUUAAUGGCAUUAUUUAGUAUCAAAAUGCAAGAAUACAAUGAAGAGCAAAUGAAAAAUUUUAUUCGUAAACACUGCGAAGAUUUUACUAACAACAAAAAAGCAAUGAUAAUUCUAUUGCUGAAAGAGAAAUUCGUACUAUCGUUUUAA